AUUUAUUGCCGCUGCCUCCCAGAUCAAGAUAACCUGCUCAGUCAGCUGGAGCCCCCUGCAGACAGCUGUCUCUCUUUCAGCUGAUGGAAAACUGCCACUAGCCAGUGAAUAGGAAGCGAGCGGCGCAGCAUCCUCUGCACAGCAUCAGCACAAGCAGCAGCCCUGGGCUCUAUUGUUCCUUGGUGUUAAAUGGUUUUUCCUUUUCAACUGGCAUGCACAAUAGCUGGGAAGAGGAUUCUGUUCUCUGUGACUUAAAAAGGAAAACUGAGGAGGGAGACGCUAUUAGGAGUGGGCUAUUCAUUGUGUACAAGCUGUAACAGCAUCGCUGCCUUCCGAAGGCAUGGGGAGAAGCACCGGCUUUUCUGGUACCCUUGCUUCUUCCCUGGGAGUGAUUGUUCUUCUUCUCGGUGGGAUCUGGGCUGCUGAGACGCAGAGUGAAUCUGAAACCAAAACUAUAUACAUAUGGAAGACUGGUCCCUGGGGCAGAUGUAUGGGCGAUGAAUGUGGACCUGGAGGUAUUCAAACAAGGGCAGUUUGGUGUGCCCAUGUCGAAGGAUGGACGACCCUCCCUACAAACUGUAAACAGACAGACAGGCCCGAAAACCAACAGAACUGUUUUAGAGUUUGCGACUGGCACAAGGAAAUGUAUGACUGGCAGUUAGGAAGUUGGAAUCAGUGUAAACCAGUUAUAUCCAGAUCUUCAGAGAAACCCACAGAAUGUACUAAAGGUGAGGAAGGCAUUCAGACUAGAGAAGUAACAUGCAUCCAGAAAGCAAAUGGGGCAGUAGCUGAUGAUAGUAUAUGUGAAUACUUUGAACCUAAGCCUCGACUGGAACAAGGAUGCCUCAUUCCCUGCCCUCAAGACUGCAUUGUAUCAGAAUAUUCUUCAUGGUCAGAAUGCUCCAGAACAUGUGGCAAUGGAUUAAAACACAGAACCCGAUAUGUUAUUACUUUGGCCCAGUUUGGUGGAUCAGCAUGUCCUAACCUUACAGAAUACCAAACAUGUCAGUCUGCCCCAUGUGAGGGUGAAGAAAAUAUGUACAGUCUGAGUGUUGGACCCUGGAGUUCUUGCUCAAUUCCACUUUCUAGACAUGUAAGACAGACUGGUAAACGAGGCAAAAAUAGAGAGCGAGCGAAGGAAAGAGAAAAGGCAGUGAAGGAUCCAGAAGCACGUGAGCUUAUUAAAAAGAAAAGAAACCGGAACAGAAAGAAUAGACAGGAGAAUAGAUAUUGGGAUAUACAGAUUGGUUACCAGACACGACUAGUAACUUGUAUGCACCGGAAUGGAAAAACUGCUGCGUUAAGUUUUUGCCAACAGGAAAAGUUGCCAAUUACGUUCCAGUCUUGUGUUAUUGACAAGGAGUGCCAAGUGUCUGAGUGGGCAGAAUGGAGCCCUUGCUCCAGGGCUUGUGAUAUGGAAUCUCCUGGUGGAUAUCGUACUAGGAAAAGGACUAUCAAACUAUUUCCAAUUGGGAAUGGAAACGAAUGUCCAGAGCUAGAAGAAACAGAAGAUUGUACUCCUCCACCAGACGGGCCACAAGUUUGUAUUAAAUACACCUGGAGAGCUACAGAAUGGACUGAAUGCCGUGUUGAUCCUUUGUUAAGCCAGCAGGAUAAAAGGAGAGGUAACCAGACUGCUCUAUGCGGCGGAGGAAUUCAAACACGGGAGAUUUACUGUGUACAGGCAAAUGAAAAUCUGCUUUCUUACCUCAACAAUGUAAAAGAUAAAGAAGAAAGCCAUUCUUACAGCACAUCAAAGUCUAGUGCGGCACCAUUUCUAUCAAUCACUUUUGAAAUAUCAGCAUCCAAGCCUGUUGAUCCCAAAUUGUGCUCGGAAUCACCACUAAGUACAAGCCAGCUCUGCCAUGUUCCAUGCCCUAUUGAGUGUGAAGUUUCUCCAUGGUCAGCAUGGGGACCUUGCACCUUUGAAAACUGUGAAGACCAACAAAGCAAAAAAGGGUUCAAGCUCAGAAAGCGCAAUAUUACCAAUGAGCCUACUGGUGGGACUGGCAAUUGCCCUCACCUUGUAGAAGCCAUUCCUUGUGAAGAACCAUCUUGCUACGACUGGCGAUUGGAUAAACUUGAAGAGUGUAUUCCUGACAACGGAAACAAUUGUGGGGCAGGAACUCAGGUGCCUGUUGUUACAUGCAUUAAUAGUGACGGAGAAGAAGUUGACAGACAACAGUGCAGAGAUGCCAUCUAUCCGAUCCCAAUUUUGUGUGAAGUUCCCUGCCCAAAGGAUUGUGUUCUCAGCAUGUGGUCUGAAUGGUCGUCCUGCUCACACACCUGCUCUGGAAAAACAACAGAAGGACGGCAGACACGGACGCGGUCUAUUCUCGCUUACGCAGGUGAUGGAAGAAGUCCGUGCCCAGAAAGCAACGCUCUGCAAGAGAUUCGUAGCUGUAAUGAGCAUCCUUGUACAGUAUAUCACUGGCAGACGGGUCCCUGGGGCCAGUGCACUGAGGAUGUCACUGUUUCAGGUUUCAAUUCAUCCAACUGGAAUGGUGAAGCUACUUGUGCUCUAGGGAUGCAAACAAGAAAAAUCAUUUGUGUUCGAGUCAACGUGGGACAGGUUGGACCCAAAAAAUGUCCUGAAAGCCUUCGUCCAGAAACCAUGAGGCCAUGUCUGCUUCCAUGUCGAAAGGAUUGCAUAGUUACACCAUAUAGUGACUGGGCCACUUGCCCCACCGCCUGUCAAGACGGUGAUGUUGCCAUAAAAAAACAGACUCGUCAUCGUGUCAUUAUCCAACUCCCAUCUUAUGGAGGCCGUGACUGCCCCGAUACUUUAUACGAAGAAAAUGAAUGCGAAGCUCCAGCAACCUGUCACAGCUACCGCUGGAAAACACAUAAAUGGAGAAGAUGCCAGUUGGUGCCGUGGUACGUCCGACAAGACAGCCCUGGAGCUUAUGAAACGUGUGGGCCUGGAUUACAAGCCAGAGCAAUUACUUGCCGCAGACAAGAUGGUGCACAGGUUGAUGUCACUGAUUGUCUUGCCAAAGCUGGUCCAAUGCCUCCUUUAACCCAGACCUGCCAGAUACCUUGCCAAGAUGACUGUCAAUUUACUAACUGGUCGAAAUUUUCUUCAUGUAAUGGUGACUGUGGUGCAGUAAGGACAAGAAAGCGAUCACUUCUUGGGAAAAGUAAGAAAAAAGACAAGUGCAAGAACGCCCAGCUCUACCCAGUGAUUGAGACUCAGUUCUGCCCAUGUGAUAAAUACAGUGCUCAGCCUGUGGGAAACUGGUCAGACUGCAUCUUGCCAGAAGGAAAAGUGGAGGCCUUACUGGGGGUAAAAGUACAAGGAGACAUCAAGGAGUGUGGGCAGGGCUAUCGUUACCAAGCCAUGGCAUGUUAUGAUCAAAACGGCAGACUUGUGGAGACUUCAAGGUGUAACAGCCAUGGUUAUAUUGAGGAAGCAUGUAUCAUACCCUGUCCAUCUGAUUGUAAGCUUAGCGAAUGGUCCAACUGGUCACGGUGUAGCAAGUCCUGUGGGAGUGGAGUCAAGGUUCGGUCGAAAUGGCUCCGUGAAAAACCUUAUAAUGGUGGAAGACCUUGUCCUAAACUGGAUCACGUAAACCAGGCUCAGGUAUAUGAAGUGGUUCCAUGUCACAGUGAUUGCAAUCAGUAUAUAUGGGUCACAGAGCCUUGGAGUAUUUGCAAAGUGACUAAUGUUGAUCUAAAGCAGAACUGCGGCGAAGGUGUUCAGACAAGAAAAGUAAGAUGCAUGCAGAACACAGUAGAUGGCCCUUCGGAUGUUGUGGAAGACUAUCUAUGUGAACCCGAGGAAAUGCCAUUGGGCGCCAGAAACUGCAAGCUGCCCUGUCCUGAAGACUGUGUGAUGUCUGAAUGGAGUGAAUGGAGCAGGUGUCCCUUGCCCUGUGACGGAAGCAGCUACCGAGAGAGGUCAGCCCUACCUAUCCGACAAGCCGAGGAAGGCAAAGCCUGCCAUGUUGCAAUUGAAACGGAGCCCUGCAACCUGAAUAAAAACUGUUAUCACUAUGAAUACAAUGUCACGGACUGGAGCACUUGCCAGCUAAGUGAGAAGGCAGUUUGUGGAAACGGGAUAAAAACAAGAAUGCUGGACUGCGUCCGCAGCGAUGUCAAAUCAGUUGACUUGAAAUACUGUGAAGAGCUUGGCUUGGAAAAGACAUGGCAGAUGAAUAUUUCUUGUGUGGUGGAAUGUCCUAUCAACUGUCAACUCUCCGAAUGGUCACCAUGGUCCAAAUGUUCCAAAGACUGUGGCCUAGCAGGUAAAAUGUUACGGAAUAGAACAGUGAUUCAGCCGUCCCAGGGUGAUGGAAGACCUUGCCCUUCACAGAUGGAGCAAUCCAAACCCUGCCCAGUAAAGCCAUGUUACCGGUGGCAGUAUGGACGGUGGUCUUUGUGCAAAGUUGAGGAUGCUCAGUGUGGUGUAGGAACAAGGUUCAGAAACAUUUCUUGUGUAGUGCAUGAUGGAUCCAGGGAAGAUUCUGGUAAAAUAGUAGACGAGGAGUUUUGCGGAGACAUUGACCUUACUGUAAAUAAUGACAAGAACAUUGUGCUAGAGGAAUCAUGCACCGUUCCAUGCCCAGGUGAUUGUUACUUGAGCGAAUGGUCUGAGUGGAGUUUGUGUCAGCUGACUUGUGUUAAUGGAGAAGAUCUUGGCUUUGGAGGAAUAAAGAUGCGAUCGCGUGCAGUAAUUCUUCAAGAAAUGGAAAAUCAACAUCUGUGUCCUGAACAAGUUGUGGAAUCACAACCAUGUAAUGAUGGAAAGUGUUAUGAAUAUAAAUGGCUGUCAAGUCCUUGGAAAGGAUCUUCUCGAAUGGUCUGGUGUCAGAGGUCAGAUGGCUUAAAUGUUACAGGAGGCUGUUUAGAGGCUUAUCAUCCAGAAACUGAAAGAUCGUGUAAUCCACCUUGCACGCAGCAACACUCAUAUUGCACCGAGACAGGGUCAUGUGGCUGUGAAGAUGGAUAUACUGAAGUGACAUCGUCUGAUGGAACACUAGAUCAGUGUACUCUGAUCCCAGUGGUGAUAAUGCCAACAUUAGAUGAAAAAAAGGGAGACGUUAAAACGAGUCGUGCCAUCAACCCAACCCAGCCAUCCAGUAGUCAGUCGGGUUAUGGAGGAAGAACAUGGUUUUUACAACCCUUCGGUUCAGACGGUAGACUGAAGACCUGGGUGUAUGGGGUAGCAGCUGGAGCCUUUGUGUUACUCAUCUUUGUUGUUUCUAUGAUCUAUUUGGCCUGCAAAAAGCCGAAGAAACCCCCGAGACGACAGAACAACCGCCUGAAACCCUUAACUCUGGCCUACGAUGGAGAUGCAGACAUGUGAACCGUCUCUGAUGAACAUUAAGCUUCCAUAUCUGAAGUGCAAAAGAGCAUUUUAAGGAGACACUGAUCGCAGGAAGUUCAUUAAACUAUUCCCACCAGUUCUGAACCAUAACUACAGGUUAAUCUAGUAAAUGUUUCACAUACAUUACUCCUGAAUCCUAACAGAAGAAGAAUAAAAUGUGCAUUUGAAGUACCUUCCUCAGUACAAGACUGACACAGGCCAAAACUCAUGAGUUUAUACCGCACUCGGAACAGCUUUAAAUUUAACAACCUUCGUGUUUUUUAAGGUCAACUUUCGCCAACUAACUGGGGUAAUUGUACAUAAUUUCACACGGACGACUGAACGUUGAAGGUGUUAUAGGACCAUACAUGGGACAGAAUGGAUUCCAAAGCGACUUGUGCUACAAUGACAGCUGACGUGGAACUGUCCAAUACAGCAGUGUUUUUAGCAAUUUCCUCUCAACAAUACUAACUUGUAUAUGUUACAAUGUUUCUACUUUCUCUAACUCUCUUAAUGUUGCCUACAUCUUUUUUUGUUUUUGCUAUAUGUAAGGCAAGAUAUUGCACUAUAUUAGUGCUGCAUGAUAUGCACUUAACUAGAUUUGCCAUAGAAAAGGGCCUCUUCAUAAGGGAUGGUGUGUCUUGUGAUAGCAUUGUCAUGUAGACAUUAAAGAAAUAUCAGGUUGAAAGUAGAUUCUGUGACAGGAGAAAAUAACAACAUCAUGUAAAUAACCCCCCCCCCCCCCCGUUUCUUGUCACUAUAGCUACAGUAUUUUCUAGUUAGAUGAGGUUAUGUAUGUUGUUUCCUUCUCUUUAAACAAAAACCUUUUUCUUACCUGUAUUUGGUAUAAAAAAUUGCUUUACUUUGGAUAUUAUUGCUGUUUAUACUGAAAACAUAAUUUGAACUAUUUCAUUUAGUUACGAAAGGGACCAUAACUGGUGCAUUCUGGGACAUGCUGCUAGGUGAGAGGAACCUCUCCAUUAACAAUUUGUGGUGGGUAGCUCCUUAUUAUAGGACAGAGAGCUUCUACACAUUUCUAUAAACAAACAGUAGUGCAGUGACAGACAACCAAAAGGCCCUUCGGAUGUUGUUGAGCUAAAGCUUCUCACAUCCCACGGUCAUCCAAAAUGGGUUGGGGUGUGCCAGUUGUAUCUCAGCAACAUCUGAGGGAAGUCCUGUUGCCCACUACUGCCUAUCUGACAUAAACGCAAAAAAUGUGGAUAAUUAAUAUAUUGGAUGAAUUAAUAUGCUUGUCUGAUCACUGAACAUAUCGAUGAGUUGCAUUCACUAGUAUCAUCCGUGAGCAUUAAGACAUCGUUUAGAUUGGGGUGCCAUAAUAAGCUGCAAGCUGUAUGCAAGGUGUAAUACAUCACCUAACACUGAAGUUUUUGAGAUAUUGAUAACAUCUUGUUCAUCAUUUUGGAUUGUUCAUACCAUGAUUUGCCUUUAUUUAAUUAGUUUUCAAAGUAUUUUUCAGUAAUGUAAUUGAAUUGCUGCCAUCAAUCUCAUGAAUCAUUUGCGAUUUGGACUUUUGUGGCUUUUUGUGUAACCUUCAUUGCUCUACUUUAGUCAAUACCAUUCAUCUCUUGCCAUAGGAAGCAACAUCCCUGGUCUAGCUGUUCCCAUACUGAUUUCAGCUUCAUUUUCCGAACUAAGCUUAGUUCUAUUGUUGUUUUGUUGUAUUUUGACAGUAAAAAGAGCAUUGCAUGUGUUAAAACUCACUCGCUGACAUUAACACAUAACAAAUAAUACUUUAUGCUACACUCGUAACCAUUAUUGAGUAUUUUUUUACUUACUUACAUCUUCAACAUCCCACAUUUGAUUAAUGCCAUUGGUGACUAACGUGCCACCAUGAAGCCCAGUGAUUUAAACAAUUUGACAGAAUAAGGCAAUGAAUGGAAGUAAUGUCUUCCAUCAUGUACUUCAAUUUCUAAGGAAUCGCAAUUUGUUUUAUAGUAAAUGGAGCAGUUUGAGUCUAAAUUUGGCAGCGUCUGAAAGUACUGCGAAAGUCUGCUGUUUAACUCUUCACAUUCAUAUUGGGAUUUGUCGCUUACACAUACAAUGUUUGGAUAAAUAACAAGCAUGGAGCAUUUCAUUAACUUGGUUAUAUCAUCAUUUAAAUGCUAGCUACUAAGCAAUAAUGGUAAUCACCUCUAUACAUACAGUAUUUACAGCUGGAUAACUUCAUAAACCAUUGGCAUUUGGUACAUAUAAAUAUAAUCCUGCUACAUGUAACUUCAUAGCAAAUAUAGUAAAUAAGUUCUAGCUUGGGUUGAAAGCCUGCAGUUAAUUUAUUUAUAUUGGAAACGCUUAAUUAUUAAUCACUAAGAGGAAACAAACUGACUUGACAAAUACACAAUUUAUUGGAGAAACAAAAAGCAUCUAAGAAAUAUAGAAAUGUGAUUAAUUCUUGACAAAAAUAAUGGCAUCAUUUUAUUUAUUUUGUAAAAAGUCUGACAAAAUAAAGAAGACAUAAUAAAUAAUGUAAAUAAUAAUCAGCAUUAAUGUAACAGGGACAUGCCAUAUUAGUAUUUUAAUGAAACCACUAGAGGGUGCCAUGGAGUGCAUGUACUAAUUGGUCUGUCUUAGAAAAUAACUUUUUGUGACCUUUGUUAUAAUUGCCUUUACGUUUUUGGGGGGUGAAAAUUAAACCAACCUGAAAAAUUCAGUUCUUCAAGCAGCUUUUCAAAAACAACAACCCUCCAAAUUUUUUGGACUGCUGAGAGUGUAACACUUAUCAAUUGUCAGUCUGUGGAUUCCAGCAAAUGCCAGAGGGGCUGCUGUAAGAUGCCGCAGACAGUCACUAUUUAUUGGGCUGGUGGGGGCUGUUUGGGCUCUGUGUACUUGGAAAGCCAGGACCUAUAUUGAAUCCCAGCCUGGGCCUGGAAGGGUUUAUAGUUUCUCAGCUACCUUUACUGCAAACAAUUAAAACAUUAUGGUAUAAAUUCGGAGUAACCACGAUAAUUUCUGUAGUUCUAAUGUCACAAAAUUUUCGGACCAUAAACACCACGAAAACAGUUCUGGCUUUGAAACCUUCCAUAGGACUCAAUGGCACUCGACAGAUCAAACCUGGGGAAAAUAUAGUCCCGGUGAAAGUCUAACCAAAGUGUUAACGAAUUCCAAAAUGUUCAUAUUCUUUGCACAAGUAUGAUUUUUUGUGGAAAUUUACGGAAAACUCAUGGAAUU